AUGCUUCAAUCGCAAAUCAUUAAUGUUUUACCUCGUCGUCUUUUAGCUGGAUUAUGGUCUUCACACGAGACUCGUAUUUCGCUUUCUCAUCUUCGACCUAGCAACCAAAGUCAGCAGCCUGCAGCUACCUCAGCUCAAUUUCUUUCAACUGAAUUGCCAAUCCGAUACACACAUAUUUUGAGAUUAUUAUCCACCUUAUCUCAUGACUCACUCGGAUCACCCAUCAUUCGGAAUGUAUCUCAUAGCUAUCUUCGUGAUAUCUGUACACUUUUACAUCCUUCCUUGAUGGCUACCUCACCCAAAGCAUUUUCUUCCGUCUUGACUCGUUUACGUCAAAGUCAAGCUACUAACCUUAUUCGUCUUCGAUAUGCACUUUUAUCUUCACCCACAUCUUCUUCUGCUACUUUAAUGGAGAAUAUCAAUACCAUUGGUUAUGGUAUUCAUCUUUUACUUGAUCAACAUCUUUCUUGGAACAACACCAGUAAUUAUGCUCAAAAGGUCUGUACAGAAGAAAUUGCACAUGGAGCAGUAGAUGAUGCUAAACGAGCGUUUUCAAAUGCAUUUGGAACGGAUACCCUCAUUCCAGAUAUCGAUAUUAAAAAGUGUGAUCAACGCAACAACAAAAAAGAGGAGGAAUUUGUUUAUAUUCCCAGCAUGUUGCAUCGUGUACUGUAUGAAUCAUCACUCUUGUCAUUAAAAGCACAACAUGUGCAUAAUGAGGAUAUCAAACGCACAUCCACCUGGUUUCAAAAGACCUUUAGAAAUACAACUCGCCCCUUAUCUUUACGCAUCUUUGGAGGACCGACCAGUAUUGGAUUUCGUCUGGAUUCUCCCGCUCCACUCUGUGAAGAAGACUUGUUACCUGGUAUUCCUCGUGACCCGAUGGGUAUUCCUACCUGUGGAUCUGUGCUUUCUCAUACAGGUGCUACCACAGUGGAUGCUACGGACUAUUCAGGUGUAGAAUGGGAGUCCCUGAGUGGAUGGCGAUCGGCCAAGACAUUAGCUAGUCAUUGGGGUGGUAACUUGGAUGCAGUGACAGUGGAUGGACUUGGUUCAACUGUUUAUUUGGCUUUAGACCGUGAUCCAUCUUUAUUAGAACGUUAUCCUUCCAGAGCCACCUUGGCUUCCUCCUCUCAUAGUUUACUUCGUCAUCAUCGACGUACAUCUGCUGUCACUGCAUCCAAUGACUCUAGUACACUUUCUAUUCAAGCUGCAGCCACUCAAUUAGACGCCUUUUUGUAUGCUAUAUCCGAUUCUCAGCAAUCUACAUUCAAUCCUACUCCUCUUUAUCAUCAUCAUUCUGUUUCUCUCAGUGCUGCUGUUGGACACGCUUAA